AUGUCUCACACCACACAGGCUCAGCUUGAUUCUCUGGCCAUCACCUGUGCCAUCUGGCUCUGUUGCUACCUCCUCUUGCUUGAGGUGCUGGCAUUCAAGCACGCCCAUAUCCCGUCCGGGUCGCAUCCUGCUGUGGUUGAGUGGUAUCACUGGCGCACUGCCGUUCAGUCACUUUUGCACUGGGCAGCUUCUGCUCAUUUGGACCUUGUGGCGUCCGGUUUGCAUGUCCACUCGAUUGACUCCUACCUGUUGAUACACACCGAGAUAUUCUGCAAUCGGAAAAUGCCGGAAACUGUGUCCGACUGUUGCACAAUCAGAUAG